AUGUAUGUCCUUCAGAUCACACUCCCAAGUCCGCAUGUUGCACUUCGAUAUGCCGAUCCAAAUAAAAUUCAUCCAAACUUUGAUUACAAAGAUCUUCAAAUGUGGACUCCUGAGAUCGUAACGCCCGUGACCAUACCGGUUGGAAGUCAGCACAAUCUACUGACCGUUCAGGUCACAAGUGGCAAUUACAUAUUCCCAGGUGAUGAGCAGUGGAGCAUUACUGGAUCUAUUGCUGGCUCUUCCAUCAGCUUUGCUUCUCAAUCUUUUGUGGCGGGGGAAGACAGUACUACUUUCACUGUUGAGAUAACUCCGGUGUCUCUUGUUGUGCCUUGGGGCAUUGACGCCCCGAUCUCCUGGACACUUAACCUCAACGGCAUAGCCCAUGUUGAUUUUGCGAAUCAGACUAGACUUAAAAUUUUCGCGAUCACUAAAGAUAUAGCACCUUACUACAAAACGGAAAGAAUUCCGGUUGAGUUUCUUGAACUCUUGGUUCUUCCCACCUUGGCGGCUAAUAUCUCAUCACUUCGCGACUGGCAACAAUGGGUGACCAACAAGUGCUUUGGCUCAACUUAUGACAAAGAGUUCCAGGGUAAGAUCGUUGAGACUUACAAGGACUUUACAUGUAUUCAUUCUUACCGAUAUGAUACGUACCAUGGCGGUCAAUCUUUCAUUUACGGCGGUUACCAGACCAUCUUCGAUCUCGAUUCUUGGAUUCAAAAACGUGGAAAACGAGAUAAUGGUCAUUUCGCAAAGGUCAAUUGUUACGAUCAGUCUGGUCUUCUUCAAGCUGCUCUCGCCCUUGGGACACCAUUUACGCUUGUCGACUCGAGCGGUAGUCCUGUUCUGGAGGAUGGCAAAAAGCAGCAGAGCUUUGGAAGACUUUGGAAAAGCCCUUUCGGCUUCAUUCCAACCGCUGAUUUAAUAGGUUGGGGAUCGUGCGAUAGCCCGUUCUUCCAAGAAGGGCAGAAAACUCAACUCUUCGGUACACAAGGAGAGACGGAUCCCGUUGCUAAAGGUCGGACGCUAUUUGCAAAUCACUCUUAUACAUAUGUUCGUUCCACAGACGGAAAAGCAGACUAUUUAGUCUUGGACGCCUGUGCUGGUCCUGCCGACCAAUUGACAGGCCGGGAAACGUACGGACGAGAGCAUAUUGAUCUCAUUGCUACCUUCAACGCAGCUAAUUUGCUGGCUUAUGUAAAUUUGCCAGACCAUGCAAAAUGGAGUGAUGCUGAUAAGAAACGAUGGACUGAUUACACAAUACAACAUGCUGGGGACGCAAAACCCUACAAUGGUAUCAUUAGCACCGUCUCUCAACCUGUCAUUCCCAAACAUAUUGGCACGCCAAUAUCCCAGAAGUUGCUCGAACUUUUUCCUGGCCUCAAAGGCCCUUCAAGCGAUUCGGCGAAACAGACAUUGUGCAUCCCUGUUUCCCCGGAAGAGUUGUUAGAUGGGAUCAUUGACAGUAUUCCAGGUUACAAAGGCAACGAAAAGAAUUUCGAGGUGGAGCGACCGGAUCCCAGUAUUGGCGCGGACGGAACAUCUUUCGACGUUGAUAUCUACAAUAAUAACCAACCUGGCACAGCUUACGUUUCAAUCAGCAUCGACAUCCUUACUGAUUUCGCCAAUGCUGCAAUAUGGGCCGCAGAGUACUUGGAUACCUUUGAUCAUCCAUUGAGUGGGGUGUAUGACAUAAACAGCCAACAGUCAGGCAGCAAUCGCUUUUUGCUGCCUCCCAAAUCUACUCGUGGAGAGUCGCUCCUAGUGCUUGAGAAUAUUCUCGUAACGCUUUCAGGGACAUGUGGCAGCGGGGUUAUUUCCAAUUUCAUGACGGAAAUUGAGAGUAAACUUCAAGCUGUGACGAAGAUAAACCAACCAGAAAGUUGGGAUGAUCAUACUGUCGCUUUCAAUAAUCCAGUACAGAUUGGAAGCAAGUUUGAAGUCAAGAUUACAGCAUCCGGAAUGGCAGAUAUCGAUGUUCAAUGGGAGAAAGGGGUCAGUCCAAUCCUCAUUAUUUCCGAUAUCACAUAUGUGCAAAUUGAUUCCAGAUUACUAAAAGAUCUGCAGUAUGUUAUUUCUCUUCAGGAUCCAACUCGAGAUCCGAAUGAUAGCUCGAUUUGGACAAUGCAAUGUCUCGCGCAGGGAUCGACGGACGCGGCGCCAGGUGACCUUCAAGACAGUUUACAUGUCAGCUACGCUCAUCUUUCAACCUACUACACAAUGAGUAGAGACUACCCAAUUACAAUAAAAGCUUCAUCUGGUCAAUGA